AGCCGAGAUUCAGAGAAAGGCUUCGGAGCUCUCUGUCGUUCCCACUUCACUUCCCACCGCCUAAUACUACUGACUGAUUUGCUCCGAUGGCUCUCAUAAGAUUCAUCAUAACUGCGGCAUCUCCUCCUUCCAUCAAUUUACUAAUAACCUCCGAUUACGGCCUCUCUUCUUUCAAACCAAACUCCACUCGCCGUCUCUCUUCUCCCAACAGACCUUCAACCGUCGUCAACAUGGCACCCAAGAAAAAGGUGAACAAAUACGAUCGGAACUGGGAGAAACAAUGGUACGGAGCAGGGAUCUUCGUGGAAGGAACCGAAGAAGUGGAAGUAGAUGUGUUCAAGAAGCUGGAGGAGAAGAAAGUCCUUAGCAACGUGGAGAAGGCGGGAUUGUUAUCUAAGGCCGAGGAAUUAGGGUUCACACUCUCCUCCAUUGAGAAGCUUGGUUUCUUCUCUAAAGCAGAGGAGUUGGGGUUGUUGAGUUUGGUGGAGAAGGCCGUUAGCUUGUCGCCGUCGACGUUGGCUUCGUUGUCGUUGCCUCUACUUGUAGCUGCCUUGGCCGUAAUCGUUGUGAUUCCCGACGAUUCAGGUGUUCUAAUCGCGUUGCAGACCGCCUUUGCUGCUGCGCUUGGAGUUGGUGCGGUCGGGUUCUUGGUAAUGUCAAUAGUUUUGGAUGGACUGCAAGAGGCAGAUUAGGUACAUCACGACCGUGGAGACUGGCGAGUGUAUGAUGGAUCGUUGGAUCGUGCAGUGGACCCCAGUUGUGUGGACUGUGGACCCCAUAUCACAUUUGCCGUUGAUCUCUCUCUCUCUCUCUCUCUCUCUCUGUCUCUACUCCCCCCCGCCUCCAGUAUCUGAAAUUCGGCUACUCUGUAAUAUAAGUAGGGUACACUGUGCAUGCUCUGGAGUUUAUUUUAGGAGGCUGAUGAUGUUAUUGUAUGUCACGUGGCAUUUUGAUUGGCCACGUCACCAUAUUGUUAUGGCUUAUUAAUUUCA